AGCCUGCUGCCCCUGGUAGCAGGGCACGGCUUCAUCUCCUCGCCGCCGGCCCGUCGUCCGGGCGAGGCGUACAAGGCCACCUGCGGCGCACAGCCCUUCUACCAGCAGAGCUCCGACAUCAACGGCAACGUCCAGGGCAUCCAGCAGGUCGUCGGCAGCGACAAGACGGACGCCUGCAACCUCUGGCUCUGCAAGGGCUUCCUCCUGGAGGACAACACAGACAAGGUCCAGAGCUACUCGCUCGGCCAGACCAUCGACUUCAAGAUCAACAUUGCCGCCCCGCACACGGGCUACGCCAACGUCUCGGUUGUCAAGACGAGCACCAACACCAUGAUCGGCACGCCGCUGAUCGAGUUCCAAAAUUAUGCCUCCAACAGCGGCGUCGCCGCCAACAACUCGGCCUUCAGCGUCACCCUGCCCGACAACCUCGGCGGUGACUGCACCACCGCUGGCGACUGCGUGCUGCAGUGGUUCUGGGACGCCCCCAGCAUCGACCAGACCUACGAGGCCUGCGUCGACUUCACCGUGUCUGGCAGCGGUUCCGCCGGCGGCGGCGCUGCUCCUUCAUCGUCCGCAGCCCCGGCCACCAGCACCCAGGCAGCUGCUACCUCAACC